AUGAUGGCCACAUACAACAACAACAAUGCCCACCCGCUGCCCGCGGCGCCGGUCGGUGGUGCCUCCAUGCAGCCGCCGCCGCCUGUCCAGCUAUCGCAGUCGCAGUCGCAGUCCCAGCAGCAGCAGAUGCAAUACCUUCAGCAGUCGCCGCCGCAACAGCACAACCCCCUCCAACCACAGACGUCAAGGCGCGAGUCGCAGACCUCGCGCCCCUCCAUCUCCCACGGCAGCCGCCCCAAGUCCCGCAGCUUCAGCUUCCGCUCCGACAAGUCCCAGUCGAUAAAGAGCGGUGGCGUCGCAUCCCAGAAGCUCGAGCCAGAGACACACGCCGAGAAGGAGGCCAAGCGCCUACACUCCAAGGCCGACCCGUCCAUGGCCAUCAUCGAAGCGGAGCCGGCCACCGUCGCAGCAACGAGCAAGUCUAACAUGGCCCCGCUCCGCAGCAUUGUCCACCGAGACAACAAUGGAAACCCCAUUGCCGAACCGGACAAGUCGAACCCGACCCGCUAUCGGUGGGAACGGCCGCUCGACACCAUCCGGAGCUUCGAGGCUGCCAUUGACGGCGGCUACAACCGGAAAUCCUCCUACCCGAAUGACAACGAGUCCACCGCCAACUACUCACGCAGAAACAGCUACUACAAUCGUAUGUCGUCUCCGUCUUUCCUUACUACUCAAGAACGCAGAACGCAGAACGCAGAACGCAGAACGCAGAACGCAGGACCGAGCGCUAACUCCGCAGAAAAUCAACCCAAUGCCCGCUACCCACAGGACAGCUACUACGGUCGCCCCCAGUCGUACAUGCCGACAUCUAACAGUGCUUACGACUUACGACAGGGACUGAACGGCCGCGAAAGCUACCAGGACCAAGGCGGAUACAACAACGGCGGCUACCCUGGCGGUCCCAACGGCUACGGGAAUGGCAAUGGUAACCGGCAACGUUACUCUAGAAUCGCAUCGGAGCCGAUGAUCCAUGGCCACCUCGGCCAAAACCCCAACGGCAUCUACCCCAUCCCCAACAACCACCGCUCCUACGAGACCGUUGCCUCCGGCAGCGGCACGUCAGGCGAGCCCGCGGGCUACCUGACCGACCCUACAAGCAGCGACAACAGCUCCAUUGAGCGCCGCCAGUCACCCUCCAAAGCCAACAUGAACAUGAUGGGCCCCUAUGGCAGCGGCACCCACCCCCCCGGCGCCAACACCUACGGCUACAACGGCAACGGCUACAACAUGAACGGCGGUGGUCCUAAGCAGAACUCGCCGCCGAUCCAGCUGUCGUCUGCACCCACGCAUCCUCAGAUGGGCCAGAUGGGUCAAAUGGGUCAAAUGGGUCAGUUCGGCCAGAUGCAGAACGGCGGCGGCCCCGUGCCGCCGUCCAAGAACGUCAUCACCCGCAAGCCGACCAACCUGUCGUCUUCGCAGACAUCAGCACAGACGCUCACCCCACCAGCACCUGCCAACGACAAGCGCAAGAGCUGGUUCUCCAAGCGGUUCAGCCGGCAACACUAG